UCUUUCUCUCUUUUUUUUGGGGGGGUGAUGUUUUACAGGCACUUAAGUAUUCAUCGAAGAGUCACCCCAGUAGCGGUGAUCACAGACAUGAAAAAAUGCGAGACGCCGCAGAUCCUUCACCACCAAAUAAAAUGUUGCGGAGAUCUGAUAGUCCUGAAAACAAAUAUAGUGACAGCACAGGUCACAGUAAGGCCAAAAAUGUGCAUAUUCACAGAGUUAGAGAGAGGGAUGGUGGGACCAGUUACUCUCCACAAGAAAAUUCACACAACCACAGUGCUCUUCAUAGUUCAAAUUCACAUUCUUCUAAUCCAAGCAAUAAUCCAAGCAAAACUUCAGAUACACCUUAUGAUUCUGCAGAUGACUGGUCUGAGCAUAUUAGCUCAUCUGGGAAAAAAUACUACUACAAUUGUCGAACAGAAGUUUCACAGUGGGAAAAACCAAAAGAGUGGCUUGAAAGAGAACAGAGACAGAAAGAAGCAAACAAGAUGGCAGUUAAUAGCUUCCCAAAAGAUAGGGAUUACAGAAGGGAGGUGAUGCAAGCAACAGCCACUAGUGGGUUUGCCAGUGGAAUGGAAGACAAGCAUUCCAGUGAUGCCAGUAGUUUGCUCCCACAGAAUAUUUUGUCUCAGACAAGCAGACACAAUGACAGAGACUACAGACUGCCAAGAGCAGAGACUCACAGUAGUUCUACGCCAGUACAGCACCCCAUCAAACCAGUGGUUCAUCCAACUGCUACCCCAAGCACUCUUCCUUCUAGUCCAUUUACGCUACAGUCUGAGCACCAGCCAAAGAAAUCAUUUGAUGCUAAUGGAGCAUCUACUUUAUCAAAACUGCCUACACCCACAUCUUCUGUCCCUGCACAGAAAACAGAAAGAAAAGAGUCUACACCAGGAGACAAAUCUGUAUCACAUUCUUGCACAACUCCUUCCACAUCUUCUGCCUCUGGACUGAAUCCGACAUCUGCACCUCCAACAUCUGCUUCAGCAAUCCCUGUUUCUCCUGUUCCACAGUCACCAAUACCUCCAUUACUUCAGGACCCAAACCUUCUUAGACAGCUGCUUCCUGCUUUGCAAGCCACGCUGCAACUUAAUAAUUCUAAUGUGGACAUAUCCAAAAUAAAUGAAGUUCUUACAGCAGCUGUGACACAAGCCUCAUUGCAGUCUAUAAUUCAUAAGUUUCUUACUGCUGGACCAUCUGCUUUCAACAUAACUUCUUUGAUUUCUCAAGCUGCUCAGCUCUCUACACAAGCCCCGCCAUCUAAUCAGUCUCCAAUGUCUUUAACUUCUGAUGCAUCAUCCCCAAGAUCGUAUGUGUCUCCAAGAAUAAGCACACCUCAGACUAACACAGUCCCUAUCAAACCUUUGAUUAGUACUCCUCCUGUUUCAUCACAGCCAAAGGUUAGUACUCCAGUAGUUAAGCAAGGACCGGUUUCACAAUCGGCCACGCAGCAGCCUGUAACUGCUGACAAGCAGCAAGGUCAUGAACCUCUCUCUCCUCGAAGUCUUCAGCGCUCAAAUAGCCAGAGAAGUCCAUCACCUGGUCCAAAUCACACUUCUAGUAGUAAUGCAUCAAAUGCAACAGUUGUCCCACAGAAUUCAUCUGCCCGACCUACGUGUUCAUUAACACCUACGCUAGCAGCACACUUCAACGAAAAUCUCAUAAAACAUGUUCAAGGAUGGCCUGCAGAUCAUGCAGAGAAGCAGGCAUCAAGAUUGCGAGAAGAAGCCCAUAAUAUGGGAAGUGUUCACAUGUCAGAAAUUUGUACUGAAUUAAAAAAUUUAAGAUCUUUAGUCCGAGUAUGUGAAAUUCAAGCAACUUUGCGAGAGCAAAGGAUACUAUUUUUGAGACAACAAAUUAAGGAACUCGAAAAGCUAAAAAAUCAGAAUUCCUUCAUGGUGUGAAGAUGUGAAUAAUUGCACAUGGUUUUGCAUACAGGAACUGUAAAUCUUAUUGCCCAGUCUUAACAUUUUUGAGCUGCAUUUAAGUAGACUUUGGACCGUUAAGCUGGGCAAAGGAAAUGACAAGGGGACGGGGUCUGUGAGAGUCAAUUCAGGGGAAAGAUACAAGAUUGAUUUGUAAAACCCUUGAAAUGUAGAUUUCUUGUAGAUGUAUUCUUCACGUUGUAAAUAUGUUUUGUAGAGUGAAGCCAUGGGAAGCCAUGUGUAACAGAGCUUAGACAUCCAAAACUAAUCAAUGCUGAGGUGGCUAAAUACCUAGCCUUUUACAUGUAAACCUGUCUGCAAAAUUAGCUUUUUUUAAAAAAAAAAAAAAUUGGGGGGGUUAAUUUAUCAUU